AGGUGGUGGCUUCCGUGCGGGUGUGUGGGAGCUCGGCAUGGCGGCACCCGCGGCGGCCCUGGGCCCCUCGGCGCUAGGCCAGAGUGGCCCCGGCUCCAUGGCCCACUGGUGCUCAGUGAGCAGUGGCCCGACGCGCUACGUGCUCGGCAUGCAGGAGCUGUUCCGGGGCCACAGCAAGACGCGCGAGUUCCCGGCGCACAGUGCCAAGGUGCACUCGGUGGCAUGGAGCUGCGACGGGCGUCGUCUGGCCUCUGGGUCCUUCGACAAGACAGCCAGCGUCUUCUUGCUAGAGAAGGACCGGUUGGUCAAAGAAAACAAUUACCGUGGACAUGGUGACAGCGUGGACCAGCUUUGUUGGCAUCCAAGUAAUCCUGACCUCUUUGUCACCGCAUCUGGAGACAAAACCAUUCGCAUCUGGGAUGUGAGGACUACCAAAUGCAUCGCUACUGUGAACACUAAAGGUGAGAACAUCAAUAUCUGCUGGAGUCCCGAUGGGCAGACCAUUGCUGUAGGCAACAAGGAUGAUGUGGUGACCUUUAUUGAUGCCAAGACACACCGUUCGAAAGCGGAGGAGCAGUUCAAGUUUGAGGUCAAUGAAAUCUCCUGGAACAAUGACAAUAACAUGUUCUUCCUGACAAAUGGAAAUGGUUGUAUCAACAUCCUCAGUUACCCAGAGCUGAAGCCUGUGCAGUCCAUCAAUGCCCACCCUUCUAACUGCAUCUGUAUCAAGUUUGAUCCCAUGGGGAAGUACUUUGCCACAGGAAGUGCAGAUGCAUUGGUCAGCCUCUGGGAUGUGGAUGAAUUAGUGUGUGUGCGGUGCUUUUCCAGGCUGGAUUGGCCUGUGAGGACCCUAAGUUUCAGCCAUGAUGGGAAGAUGCUGGCCUCAGCAUCGGAAGAUCAUUUUAUUGACAUUGCUGAAGUAGAAACAGGAGACAAGCUUUGGGAGGUGCAGUGUGAGUCCCCGACCUUCACUGUGGCUUGGCACCCCAAAAGGCCUCUGCUGGCAUUUGCCUGUGAUGACAAAGAUGGCAAAUAUGACAGCAGUCGGGAAGCAGGAACUGUGAAGCUGUUUGGGCUUCCUAAUGAUCCCUGAUCAGGAGGACCUGACGCAGGGGAGGCCUGGGCUUGCCUUUGUGUAAUGACUGGUCUGCUCUGGCCUUGGCGGGCCCCUGCUGUGUUUAUAAAUGGUAUAAAUUAUGAAUGUCUUUUUCAGGCCGUCCAUUCCAGUUGUCUUCCUGUGUGUCGUGUUAGCCGUUUCUUUUCUUUCCCCUGGCCUGAGGGCUCUGCAGUGUGGGCGAUGAUACCAGCGCCCCUGGGCCUCUGGGGACCUCCUCUCUUCCCGCUUUUGGGUACAGAGUGGACUUCACUGGACUUCUGCUUGGGCAACACCUCGUUUGGAGGGUGGGUGAAGAAGGGUGAGUUGGGGAUGGAGACUUUUUUUAUAAUGAA